AUGAACAUUUUCAGAUUUUUUGGUGAUCUUUCCCAUCUAGCAAGUCGAUUCAUACUAUUGUAUGCAAUUGAAACUAAUAGAUCAAUCAAUGGUCUUUCAUUAAAGACGCAAGCAUUAUACGUUAUCGUUUUCGUCACCAGGUACCUUGACCUAUUCACCAAGUACUAUUCCCUCUACAACACAUUACUAAAAGUUGUUUUCAUUGCAAGCUCGAUAUACACUGUGUAUGUUAUGGUUUACAAGUAUCAAAAGACCAUUCAGAAUCACGUGGAUACUUUCCCGGUCCGGUACUUAAUUGGUGGUGCAGCAGUUGCCAGUUUGAUCUUCACGCACAAGUAUACUAUUGGCGAAGUAGUUUGGAGUUUCAGUUUAUGGUUGGAAGCAGUGGCAAUCUUGCCUCAAUUAUUUAUAUUGCAAAGAACCGGAGAAGCUGAGAAUAUCACUACGCAUUACAUUUUUGCAUUGGGUAUUUACAGGGCUUUGUAUAUACCAAAUUGGAUUUAUAGGUAUUUUGCUGAGGGUCAUUUUGAUUAUGUUUCAGUGCUUGCGGGGAUUUUGCAAACGGCAGUUUACUCGGAUUUCUUUUACAUCUACUACACCAAGGUUAUGAAGGGAAAGAAGUUUGAAUUACCAGUUUGA